CACCAUAUAACACAAUAUUGACAAUAUAAUAAAAUGAUAAAUCUCCCCCUUUGCGUUAUUUAAUAUGUGAACGGUCCCUGCAACUAUAAAUAUAGCAUUGAGCAUUCAUAUAUAAUAUAUUCGUGAAAUUUUUUGUUUACGGUUCAAAGGUCAUAGAUAAAAAGCCAGUCUUGGACUUGAAACCCAUCAGUAUCAAAAGUGUCAGCACCAUUAACCGGAGAUUUUGAGUUCAUUUUAUUGCCUACAUUUUAUUCCGAUAUUUUCGGCGUAUAUAUAUAUUUCAUAUAUAUAUAUAUAUAUAAUGUCUAAAAAGUCUGUUGAUUUUUUUUAUGACAUUGUAUCACCUUACUCAUGGCUGGCGUUUGAGGUGAGUAGUCCGAACUUCCGAACUGUAAAAAAAAUGAUAAAUGUAAAGUAAACUAAGUAAACUUAAACGAAGAAUCAGUGUUAAAAAUGUAAAUGUGAAUCAAGAAUGAAUAUGAAAUGAGUUUAAAUUUAAAAUCAAUAAAGGACUAGUAGGACCCGCUGUAACUUUAAUCCGGACUGCAUAUGAAUCGGCUAAAACCGAGGACGACUGCCACGGGCCACGGCGUCUUUUGUGUCUUUAUUAUAGUUGCAGUGAAUUAAUUAGGGGUUAGGUUUAGGGAUCGCUUUAGGGUUCAGGUUAGGCAUAGGCAUCGAGUUAGGGUUCAGGUUAGGCAUAGGGAUCGAGUUAGGGUUCAGGUUAGGCAAUGGGAUCGAGUUAGGGUUCAGGUUAGGCAAUGGGAUCGAUUUAGGGUUCGGGUUAGGCAUAGGAGGGAUCAAUUUAGGGAUACAUUCGUCACUUCGUGAAAUUCCAUAAAAAAAGUGGCAGGCUUCCCCAUUUUUAACCGAGUAUUCAAAUUAUGAUUAAUAUUCUCGUCGUAGUCAUAGUAAAAGUUGCACACACAUUAUUCACUUAUUAUUUAAAUAUUGUCAUCGUGGUAGUGAUGUCAAAUAAUCUUUUACCUUAAAAGUAAACUUAAAAGCCUACCAGUAUUGAAAAUUAUUGAUCACAGUCAGUGUCAGUAAUUAGGCCAUAAUUAUAAUCACAGUAAAUUUAUAAUAAACUAUUUGACGUCUUUUGUUUCAAUUCCAAGAAUUACAUUUCAUUGUCUUUGUCUAGAACAGGCCUGAACAACAUACGGCCCACCAGCACCCAAUUUGCGGCCCGCGAAGUAACGACAUAUUCUUUAUUAUUAUUUUCUUAAUAAUUAUUAAUUUAGCGUUCCCUCCUGUCCUAGCCUAUACUAUUAUCUUUCGGCCAACACAAGCUUACAUUUUGAUCCGUGCAGGCCUGGCCUAGACCAGGCCUGCACUACUCAAAAUGUAAGGCGGGCUAAAUACUUUAUGAAAAACUUGUGCUGGCCGUAAUAUGUUAUGAAAAACUUGUGCAGGCCGAAAGAUAAUAGGACGGGGGGAAAGUUAUUAAGAAAAUAAUAUUAACGAAUAUUUCGUUAUUUCGCGGGCUGCCAACUGGGUGCUGGCAGGCUGCAUGCGGCCCACGGGCCAUAUGUUGUGCAGGUGUGGCCUAGACCAUUAAAUUCCUAGAGAAACUUAUCAUGCAGCCCACCCCAACAAAAUUUAAUUUAUAUGCGGCCCCCCGCACAAAAUGUUUGCACACCCCUGGCCUAGCAUACAGUAUUAAAAUAAAAUACUAUAUAAUUAUAAUAUAAUCCAAAAAAAGUGCCACCCCCUUCACACUCGAAAGGUUUGCCACUGCCUCCAACGAUCAUUAGAGGGGCCGGCAAAAUACAAUUUAGAAAUUUUAACUGUAAGUUAAAUAAAUCAAGCUUAUUUGGUGAAAAAAAAACACCAUUUAAUAUUUGUUUCAAAUUUAAAAUUUAGAUUUUGUAAAGUAACCCACUAAAUUUUAUAAUUGGCCUUUAAUUUUAUUGAAACUUGAAACUGACUUAAGAACCUUGUAAAAAAGAUAAAAAUAAUCCUAUCCAUCAAAAUGUACUGCUUGUGAGGUGACACUAGCUCCACUGCAUUUGGAUGAAUGGUAAAGAUUUAGUGCCCCAUGUGGAGUGGGAUGGACAUUUAAAUCAGAAACAUGGUUAUUUUGCUUUGCAACUUAGAUCUCAGUAUGUAUGCUGUAUGCUAAUUUAUUAAAUAUUUUUUAAAAUGUUAUUUAAAUUAGCAAGAAGCUACAUAAGGCAGACUCUUUGACCUAAAUUUUUUGUCAUCAUCCAUCUUUUUUGAGAGACUUUUUCUGCUUGCAAUCAUCUGAUCCUUGUGUCAACAUCUAAAGUUGUUGUUCUUUAUCUUGUCAUUUGGUUCUUCUUUCAGCAAUGUUUGCUUUUGACAUCUCAUGGACCAUCACAGAAUCAUAUGCAAUAAUUGCAGUACUUAUAUGCAGAUGAGUUAAAACUAUUUGUUGAAAAGCAGAUUGUGUUGGGAACUAUUAAAGAAUGGAUUAACCAAUGAGUGAAUGCCAUAUACUGCCACGAACCAAUGGGCAGAUAGCUCAGUUGCAGAGGAAUGUAAUAAUCUGAAGUUUUUAAGGUAGCCUGGGGUCUGACAGCUGAGGACCUAUGAAAUGAUAUGGAAAGCCAUUCAUGGGAUGUGGUGCCUGUUUGAUAGUUGUAGAUCCGCGGGCCUCAUGUGGCCCAGGACUUUUAUGAAUGCAUCCCAACAAAAGAUCGUAAACUUAAAAACUUUAUGAAAUUGCCACUUAGACUUAGAGGUAUUGAUGGUGAAUAUAAUUAUCAUAUCACAUAAGAAAUUUGAAAAAACACAAAUGAAUAAUGUGAUUUAUAUGUACAAGUGAAACAUAUUUUAAAGCGAAUUUCUUUGCCUAUUGAGAUCAUAUCUGGUAUGGUUACUGAUGGUGCCCCAGUGAUGAUAUGGACUUGUAAAAUUAAUAGAAGUAGAAGACCAUGCAAUUACCUCCCAAAAUUUAGCUAUGAUGAAGUAAACCAAGAAAAUGUAUGCACAAAAGAUUUAAAUAUGGAUAACGUCAUGCAGAGUGUCAUCAAGGUUGUAAAUUUCAAAAGGGCCAAGGGGAUUGACAUUGCCAAUUACAGGAAUUUCGGAUGCUAACUAUGGGGACAUAAUUUUCUGCUCUGCAUUAAAAUCGUUAAGUUGAGGUAAAAUGUUGAAAGUAUUUAAUGAUUAGCGAAGUCAUUUAUCAUUUAUGGAAUCAAGAGCAAAGUUUGUGCCAGAACUUGAUAAUGAAAACAGGCUUAGAUAUAACAUUUUUAGUUGAUUGAUUGCUUUUUUAAAUUAGUUAAACAUGCGUCAAGGUGAAAACCAACUGAUCAUUACAAUGUUUCAAAAUUAUAACAGCGUUCGAAAUAAAACUAAAAAUGUGGCAAUGUCAAAUUAAGGCAAACAAUUUUAUGCAUUUUGGCACGUUGGCUAAACAUGAUAACAUUUGAUAACAACUUUCAAGAUUUCCAGAAAAAUCAUCUAUCUUUUGGAAUAUUUGCGACUCACGUUUUCAGUCAACAUAAAAAUAUUACUUGCCAAUUUUCAAAUGGAAUGCCAAGGAGUACAUGUCAUUCAACUUAAAGAAAAAUUUCAUCAUGUCUCUUUACUGAAAUUUUAUAAGAUAUAUCUUCCCACUUCCCAGAGAAAAAUAUCCCUUUCUUCAAAGUCAUACUUUAUUCAUCAUUCAUGUCAUCGUUAUUUGGAAGCACCUACAUUUGUGAGCAGUUAUUUUCAAGGAUGAAGCUCACAAAGAAUAAAUCUAGUACCAAAGUAUCUGAUGAGCACCUUGAGAACUUAUUGAAAAUUGCAUCUUAUUCCAUCAAACUCAACCGAAAAUUGUAGUUUUAGAGCAACUACUCAAAAGUAAUAUCAAACAUCUCACUAAUCGAACCUCAUUUAUGGAUGGCUUGUCUUUUUUAAAUUCAUGAAUUAUUGAAGUUUAAAUUACUUUAAAAUUUGUUAAUAUAUAUUUUAUUACCGGCACCAUAAUUUUUUUUUUUUUAUUUUGCUCAGCCACUAUUGUUAAUGAUAGUGUAUUUUAUGUAUAGCCCAAAACAACUCAUCUUCCUUGAAUGUGGCCCAAGGAAGCUACAUGGUUUGACCCAAAGAUGAAUUCACUAGAACAAUGAUGAAAUCUAAUUUCUUUUUUUAUUUGAAAUUUUGCAUGCCCACUUUUCUUUUCUUUGAUGUUAUUCCACUAUUACUUUGCUGAAUGUAGUUAAUUGGACUGCCAUAUUUUUACAUAAAAUAAAUGAAAGUAUUUGUUACAAUCAAUUGUUACAUUCAUCUUUGGUUACUAAUAAAUAUCAAUAAUGUUUGACAAGGUUAUUUUUAGGCAACCAGCAAAAUGUAAGUUCAAGUUUUAAAAACUAGGCCUCCAUCCUCUUAAAAUUAAAUGCUAAAAUACAACAUUAUUUCUCAGGUUAUUUGCAGGUAUCAGCACAGAUGGAACAUUGCCUUGAAGUUGCGUCCCUUUUACCUAGGGGGCAUCAUGAAUGAAGCUGGUAACAAAACCAUAUUACAUAAACCAUAUUUUAAAUUGUUUUGAUCAGGCAGUAUUUGGUGUAUAAAAUUCUAAUAAAAACAAGCAUAAUACAUAAUACAUACAAAUUUUUAAUUGGAUUAUAAAAUAUAAUUUCAGAAACUUUCAUUUAAAGAAAGAAAACUGCAUUUUUAUAUACAUGAUAAAUUUUAGUUAUUUAGUUUUAAUUUUCCGAAUGAUAACUUAGACUUACAGAUGAACAAAAAAAAAAAUGAUACAUUAUUUUUUUACAACAAUAAUUUAUAAAUCAACUCUAUCCAUCCAUGUAGGGGUUUGGCCUGUUUCACCACUUCUGUCCACUCAGAAUUAAUCAAGCUUUUCUUUUCCAUGCUUGGAUUCCUGGCUGCUGUAGAUCAUUUUCUACAUCAUCUAAGCAUAGGUCUGCCUUUGAGCUGUUUUCCUCUUGUGUUUUGUUGGUGCACCUUCUUCAUUCCAUUUAGCAUUCUUUCUAAGUGUCCCACCCAGCGAAGCCAGCCUUUUUUUAUUUCAGUUACUAGCGUGAGAUCCUGAUAUAGUUUAUACAUCAGCUAGCUAUGCAAAAUCUUGUCCAGUAUGGCAGUUACCAAGACCAUUAUUUAUUUGUUGUAUUAAAAAAAUAUCCAACAUGUUAAUAAUUUUUCAAAAAGGGAACAAAUGAAGAAUUAUUAGUUAAUCAGGGACAACACUUGAAAAUUUUUGCUCUUCCUUUUUCAUUUUAUAUAACAUAUUUUUAUAACCAAUUUUAGAAUACGGUAAAAUGUUAUCUUUAUGUAUACAAAUCUUUAAAACAAUGCCAUAUUGUAUUAUAAAUCUCUUUGUUGAACAGGAAAUAAACCUCCAGCCCUGGUGCCAAAUAAAGGCGCUUACAUGAUCAAAGAUGUUGCGAGAAUAGCAAAACAUCAUGAUGUUCCACUCAAAUUCCCAAAGGUUCCUACAAAAUUCCUUUUCAAAAGUUAAAAACAAAGCUGAGGAUAUUGAUAGAUAAAUCACAUAAAUGUAGUUCACAUAUUUCCCCUUAACAUGUUAAGAAAAAUUUUGUCGGUUGAUAUUUUUGUUUUAACUUAUUAUUUUUUUUUUAUAAUUAUAAAAAAAUAAACUAGUAUGGUAAGUUAUUUUAAAGUGAGUUACGUAAAUAAUAUUAUUCAUUGAAAGAAAACUUUUUUUAAACAUUUAAAAUCUUUAUAAGAAGAACUUAAUAAACAAUGUUUUUUAUUCAUUUAUUCUAGAAUACAAUGGAAAUGAUGUUAGUCAAAGGCACCCUUUCAGCACAGAGGUUUCUGACAGCAGUAGAUAUUAGACAACCGGAUUUACUUGAAAAGGUUUCUAGAGAGCUGUGGAUGAGAAACUGGAAUAGGGUAAAUAAAAAAUUAAUUUUGUGAAAUUUUAAAAUUGGGCCUGUCUCGUAGUUCGCAACUAGUAACACAAAUUUUGGAAAUUUCUUGUUCUUAAAUGAUUAUUUUACAUUGAAUGGUUCUUAGCUAAAAAAAAAAAAAUGUUUAUUUUUUUAAGGGUUGUCAACCUUUUUUCCCCGCUCAGUACACCGUAUGCCUUUCCAAAAUUCUGCUGCACACCACGAAUAAAAACUUGCAAAAUAAUAUUGGAGUGCAUACAUUAAAUUAAAAUGAGCUAGUAGAAUUUUUAACCCAAAUAUAGUUAUCAUUUAUAAUGGUGUGAAGUAGUAAAAAAAAAAAAGAUCAAAUUACACUGUAUUGCUCCAUAUUUAGUGUCCAAAAUGAGAAUGUUCUGUUGGCUAGCAUUGUUAUUAGACUAACUUAUGCCCCUUUUGUAACAACUUGGUUUUAUCACAUGUAUUUGCCUUUUAACACUCUUAGAGGCUUAUUACUAUCAUUUUAAAGAGUCCAUGUACAAUUUGAUAAGGAAUAGAGUAUUAAAAGUUCAUUAUUUCAACUUUAGCAUUAAGAGGAAGUGAUUAGCCAUUUUUGUAUGCAGUAAUUUUAUAUUUCUUAAAUUAAAAAUAAAAAACAGGAUGAAGAUGUGACAGAACCAAAAAGUUUAGCUGAGGUAUGUUACUAGGUUUCAUGGACUUGAAAACAUAUAUUUACACUAGCAAAUAAAAUAAAUCAUUUUUUUUUAAAAACUAAUCAGAUGUCACGCAAAUAAUACAACAAAAUAAUUGUUUCUUUAUACUAAUUAUACUCACUCCACUGUUGCACAGACAAAUCUUUGAACACCAUCACUUAGCAUACAUAAAAACAGCUCUUUCCCAAAAUUCUCUUCAUUUUUUAGGCUAUUUUUAUGCAGUAGAAACUUGGACAUUCAGACAUAAGGCGAUAAGGUAUCCGAAUAUUGGUUACAACUGUCAAAUUGUACUAAUUCAUUGAUAUUUAAAAAUGUCUACCACAUAGGCAGCCAAGAAGGCAGGAAUGUCAGACCAAGACAUUGUUGCCACAUUAAGUUUAAUUGGUGAUGAGAAGGUCAAGGCCCAAUUAAAAGCUGUAACAAAAGAAGCAAUGGAUCUCGGGGUAAUGGUGCAUUUGGCUUUUGAUUGGACAUUUAUAGCCUUUUGCAGAUUAUAUUUUUAAACUGCUUCCAACAGUAAAAUAUGCAUUAUCGAUUUUAAAAUUAUUGACAGAAUGCUCAUUAUUUAUUGCUGUGUUUAUUAUUUACUGUUAGUACUUUUCAUGUUUUGUGAAAGAAACAAUGUUCUGCUAUUUAUUUUUUAUCAAAGCAUGGUGCUAAGCUACAUUAUGAGAAAGUUAGAGUGAACAUUUCUAAGUUUAUCAUUUAACACCUGUAAAAGAUGUUAGUAUUGUUUCUUUAUGAUGAAUAAUGUUACCAAAAUGAUUCUACUUUAACUACUUUCUUUUGACACUCUAUUGGCAUCAUCUUUAACUUUAAACAUUUUUUGUUACCCUUUAUUUAAGGCAUUUGGAGCUCCUAUGCUUGUUGCUGAGAUAAAUGGUAAAAAAGAAUGGGUUUUUGGAAGUGACAGGUUCCCAAUAUUUGCUGAGAUGAUUAGUAAGAACUCUUGAUAUCAGAACACUCUUUUGUGUUUUGGCUUUGUCAUUUAAUGGCGGAAAUCUAUUAAUAGAACUGAUGUCAUUAUUACUCAUCAUCAGGGUACUCAGCGCGGACAAAAUGUCAACACUGUUCAGUAUUACUAUGUUAGCGAAGUGUCUUUGAAAUUUGUUUACAACUCUAUUUUACGAAAUAUUUUACAUAUUUUUUUUUUUUUACUUCUAUUUUCUGAAAUGCGACUUCAUUGCUUGAACGGCAAAUGUAACAGUAACUCGAGAUACAAGGAUCGUCCGAACGAAAUGCUGAAACACACUAUAAGCUGCCAUGUUUUAAGCAAUAUUUGUCCGCUGUCCUUCUAAAAAUAGUACCCUAUGACGUUUUCCGGUCUAAGAAAUGACAAAGCCUAUUGGUUUAUGCUUUCAUUAUCUGUAAAAGUAACUUUAAAAAAAAUUAUCUGCUGUGAUAGCAACUUUAUAUCCAAAAUGUGUUAAGUGUUAACAGUGUCACUACGGACUUUAACUAGUUCGUUAAAUGUGGAUGCAUAAUAAUAAUACGGCUUCUCAAUAAAAACUACUUAAGGGACCAACUCCUUUUGAAAUCACAUGACGCAAUAAGUCUAUAAUUUUAAACAGUUCACUCAACAUGUGGUACAACCUUUAAUAAGGUAAACAGAUGAAAUGCUAAAUUGUUUCUGUGUUUCACUUGUGAAUUUUACUUAUCUGGCCCAUGAACUAGUCUGCAGUUACAAUUGUGAUUCUUUGUUCAUCCCCACACAAUUAAAUUCAACCUGCUAGUAUAGGAAAUCUUUUUCAGAAUUCAUUUGACCUAUUAAUCAUAAAUUAUUUUUCUCUUAGACAGCACAAAUAUUCCACCUAACGUGUUUUAUACUACCUUUUUUUAAAUCAUUUUGACAGGUGAGAAAUGGGAGGGCCCUGUGCCAGGUGUCUCUAGCAAACUUUGAGAUAUGACAGAUUCCAACUUUAUCAACUCAUCCUGCUUCGACGAGAGCUACUUAACAUGCCUGGAGUUUUGUAACAAAUGGCAUGCUUGUUUCCACUCUGCUAUUACAUUGUUAAAUAAAACAUCUAUAAAUACAACUAUACAAAUGUUGGGAUUUUUUUUUUGUUGAAGUUAUUUAUUAUAUAAAAGUUAUAAGAAAUAUAGAUAGAGAGAUUAAGAAAUGUGUAAAUAGAUCUAAGGCACAUUUUUAAAAAAGAUAGUGUGGGACAAAUGUUUUUUUAAAAGUCUAUUUUAAACAAUACAUAACAACUGGCU